AUGUGCGCUGCAAGAACAAUUCUCUCCCAACGCAGCAUUCGCUAUUCCAUUUUUGGUGCCGCAGCCAGCAUUGGCCUUCAUCGCCAUGUAUACAGAAGCCAACCUACAUCAAAUGACAGUCCAGUCGCUGCUCAGUGGCCACGAGACCAUGGUCUUGUUCCGCAGCGUCGUCAUACUAUCGCACAGCAAUCGCUAGGCCACCCUGCCAACCAUAACAAUGCUGUUGCAGACCCAGUCACUGAAAAAGACGAGCCUGAAACUCAUACUCCUGCCUUCGAAAACGACGACGAAUCUGCCUGGGCGAGCUUCUCAAACGACUUCAAGGUCUUCCGAGAGACUUUGGCAGGACUUGACUGGGGAAAUGUGGGAAACAAGAUUACCGAUUUCAUUCUGCCUACCUGGGCUCGUCUUCUACCAGACCAAGUAAGGAAAUUACAAUUUGAACUCUCCAUGGAGCCCGGCACCUUGGCACACGAAAUAUGGCAAGAAGCAGCAGAUGCGGAUAUCAAUCCAGAAAUCAUGUGGGACGCUUCGGUCCGAAUUUCGAACAAUCUUUGCGAAGACGAGCUGAGGUUUCAGAACAAGCGAAGAGAACGUUUGGUGCCAGCAUUAGCCAGGUACCUGAACAUCAACGAGAAAGAUAUCGACCCUGAAGAUGUGCCGACAAUUGCGCUCUGCGGGUCAGGAGGUGGACUUCGUGCGCUUGUGGCAGGCACUGGAUCGUAUCUCUCGGCGCAAGAAGACGGUCUCUUCGACUGUGCCACUUACACUGCAGGUGUGAGCGGGAGCUGCUGGUUACAGACCCUCUAUCAUACUAGCAUGGGCAAGCAGAAUUUCCACAAGAUAUGUCGCCACCUAAAGAACAGGAUUGGCCUGCAUAUCGCAUUUCCUCCUGCAGCAUUCAAGCUUGUUUCUAGCGCGCCAACCAAUAAACACCUCCUUAGCGGAUUCAUCGAGAAGCUGAAGGGCGAUCCGGGCGCAGCCUUUGGACUGGUCGAUAUCUAUGGACUUCUCCUUGCUGCUCGAUUUUUGGUCCCCAAAGGCGAAUUGGGAGUUUCCGAACGGGAUUUGAAGUUAUCGAAUCAGCGCGCACACUUGGCAGACGGGGCACAUCCAAUGCCUAUCUAUACGGCUGUCAGACAUGAGAUACCGGUAGAGCAGGCAAAAGCCCAGGUCGAAGCGGCUGAUGACCAACCAACCACAAAAGAGGCAAUCAAGGAGACAGCUCAGCAAGAAGCAUGGUUUCAAUGGUUCGAAUUCACGCCCUACGAGGUAUUUUGCGAAGAAUUCUGCGCUGGCAUUCCUACUUGGGCACUUGGACGCCCCUUCAAGAACGGCCAUAAUGAAACCUUGGACAGUGGUUUUGGCCUGCCCGAGAUACGUAUCCCUCUCAUGCUGGGUAUAUGGGGCAGCGCCUUCUGCGCGACGCUCUCACACUACUACAAAGAGAUCAAGCCUGCACUGGUUGGCUUAGCCGGCUUCAGUGGCCUCGACAACCUUUUGGAGGGAAAGAAUGAAGAUCUUGUCAAAAUCCAUCCGAUUGACCCUGCAUCCAUUCCCAACUUCGUCUGCGGCAUGGAAAACCAGCUUCCACCUUCCUGCCCGGCGUCAGUCUUCAAAACUGACCACAUCCAACUCAUGGAUGCAGGCAUGUCGAACAACCUCCCGAUUUAUCCACUCCUCCGACCCGGCCGGAAUGUUGACAUCCUUGUAGCCUUUGACGCGUCAGCCGACAUCAAGAAAGAAAACUGGCUCUCCGUCGUCGACGGCUACGCCCGCCAACGCGAUAUCAAAGGUUGGCCUCUCGGCGCCGGCUGGCCCAAGGCAUCCAUAGAACCCGCCGAAGCCGCUCUCGUCUUGGAUGAAGCCCAAGCAACCACCACCCAAGAAGCCGUCACCAAAGUCGCCGAAGCGCGUGAAUCCCAGCGCCAAACCUCCAACGCCACCUCCGAAGCUGUCAGCAAAGGCACCCCUACCAACCCUUCAUCUCCCGAUCUAGGCUACUGCACCGUCUGGGUCGGCAGCAAAUCCGAACGCAUUGCCACUACCUCACCCACCGACCUCCCCUCCUCCAAACGACUCGACCCCACCGCUCCCGAUUCUGAAACGAAUUUCCACCUCAUGCACCCCUCUGCCGGCCUCACUCUAGUUUACUUCCCCUUCCUCCCCAACGAAGCCAGAGUCCCAGGCGUGGAUCCUGACACCUCAGAUUUCAUGUCCACGUGGAAUUUUGUAUAUACACCUGAGCAGAUCGACCAGGUGAUGGCACUGGCGAAGGCGAAUUUUGAAGAAGGGAAGGAACAGACCAGGAGGUGUGUGCGGGCGGUUUAUGAGCGGAAGAGGAACAUACGGCUGGAGAGGCAGGGGAGAGAGAGGGAAAGGAAGGUUGCGAAGUGGUUGAGGCAGGGUGGCGAUCAUUUUGCUUGA